CGUUAAUUUUGAUAUCGAUGUGUCUGCAUGAGUGGUGGAAAUGUUGCAAUGGGUUAGAGACUAUGCCAAGCAGAGCAUGGCUCUCUUAAGAAAAAUUGGGCCACCGUUAUUGAAAUUUGGCGAAGAGACCAACAAAGAUUAUGGUUGGUUCUCUUAGGUAUGCUGCUUCGAGGUGAUUUUCCCCUUGAAUUCUGUGAGAGAUGGACAGUUAGAAGGAUUGUUGUAGAUGACUGCUUCCCCAUUGUUGUUCUUUUUCUUGGUCACCGCUGCUGGUGCUGAUUUCUUGGUUGUUGUUGUGCUGCUGCUGCCCCUACAAGAACUGAUUUUGGGUUGGCUUAUCAUGGAUAAAUCAGUUAACCUACUGGUAAUGCUAAGACAAGACGUACGUGUAUCACUAAAAAAGUAAUCCAAAAAUAAAGAAAGUUAAGAAAGUCCCUGGAAAUCAAAAGAACAUAGGCCAAAAAAUGUACCUGCAUAUGGCUUUAAAAAAUUGAAAAUAAGAAUUUGAAUGCCAUUGCAAAGAUGCAACAAAAAAAAAAAAACCCCAUUUUUCUAGUCCUUACGAUGGUGCUGUCGUGGAGUGCAGUGGCUAACCUAAAAAGUCCUGGUAACACACACAUUCAGGAUACAGUUUCAGUUUCUUUGCCCGGGGACAUAAUACUUGGUGGGUUAUUUCCUGUACAUGAAAAAGGUGAGAGCGCUCCAUGCGGACCAAAAGUAUACAACAGAGGAGUACAACGCCUUGAAGCAAUGCUCUAUGCUAUAGACCGAGUAAAUAACGAUUCCAAUAUACUUCCUGGAAUAACGAUAGGAGUCCAUAUUCUGGACACUUGUUCAAGAGACACAUACGCCCUCAACCAAUCUCUUCAAUUCGUAAGAGCCUCCCUUAACAACUUGGACACAUCUGUGUUCGAGUGUUCAGAUGCGUCAAGCCCAAAAUUAAGAAAAAACGCUUCGUCAGGUCCGGUAUUCGGAGUUAUUGGGGGAUCGUACAGCUCCGUGUCUUUGCAAGUAGCAAAUUUACUCCGUCUGUUUCAUAUUCCUCAGAUAUCUCCGGCAUCAACAGCUAAGACACUAUCUGACAAAUCACGAUUUGAUCUUUUUGCUAGAACAGUACCGCCAGAUACUUUCCAAUCGGUAGCUCUUGUAGAUAUACUAAAGAAUUUUAACUGGUCCUAUGUGUCGACGAUUCAUUCGGAGGGUUCUUAUGGUGAGUAUGGAAUUGAAGCUUUCCACAAAGAAGCCACCGAGCGCAACGUGUGCAUUGCGGUAGCGGAGAAAGUACCAAGCGCCGCAGAUGACAAAGUUUUUGAUUUAAUUAUAAGCAAACUUCAAAAAAAACCAAACGCUCGCGGAGUGGUUCUUUUUACAAGAGCCGAAGAUGCGCGACGUAUUCUACAGGCAGCGAAACGUGCUAAUUUAUCACAACCGUUUCAUUGGAUUGCAAGUGAUGGUUGGGGUAAACAACAAAAACUCCUAGAGGGGCUGGAGGACAUUGCCGAGGGCGCAAUAACUGUAGAACUCCAGUCAGAGAUAAUAGAGGAUUUUGAUCGUUACAUGAUGCAACUGACUCCAGGCACAAACCAAAGGAAUCCUUGGUUUGCUGAGUACUGGGAGGAUACGUUCAACUGUAUUCUGGCACCCGUUUCGGAGAAAAAUAACACUCUAAACAUAGUCGAUUCUAGUGACGUUAAGACCGGCAUGAAGGCUAAAACAACAUGCAUCGAAAGUUUUCGUUUAUCUGAAAAAGUUGGAUACCAGCAGGAAUCAAAGACUCAAUUCGUUGUGGAUGCUGUAUACGCAUUUGCCUAUGCACUUCACAAUUUGCACAAUGAUCGUUGUAUCACCCAAAAUGACCAAACGUCUGAGCAUAGAAAACAUCAACAUAGUGAAUCCGUAUGGUAUCGAAAACUAUCGACAGAUACCAAGUCCCAGGCGUGUCCCGACAUGGCAAAUUACGACGGAAAGGAUUUUUACAACAAUUACCUCUUGAACGUUUCAUUCAUAGAUCUUACUGGCAGCGAAGUCAAAUUUGAUCGCCAAGGAGAUGGACUAGCCAGAUAUGAUAUUUUGAACUAUCAACGUUUAGAAAAUUCUUCGGGAUAUCAGUAUAAGGUCAUCGGCAAGUGGUUUAAUGGUUUGCAACUUAAUUCUGAAACAGUUGUGUGGAACAAGGAAGCUGAGCAACCAAUUUCGGCCUGUUCUCUGCCGUGUGAGGUUGGGAUGAUUAAAAAACAACAGGGAGAUACAUGUUGCUGGAUAUGUGACAGUUGCGAGUCAUUUGAAUACGUGUAUGACGAGUUUACCUGUAAAGACUGCGGUCCAGGACUUUGGCCCUACGCCGAUAAGCUUUCUUGCUAUGCACUAGACAUUCAGUACAUACGAUGGAACUCGUUAUUUGCCCUCACUCCUAUGGCAAUAGCCAUAUUUGGUAUUGCAGUGACAAUUAUAGUAAUAGUGCUGUUUGCUAAAAAUCAUGAUACUCCAUUGGUAAGAGCAUCAGGACGAGAGCUAAGCUAUACUCUUCUCUUUGGUAUUUUGGUUUGUUUCUGUAAUACGUUUGCGCUGGUAGCUAAACCUACCGUUGUCUCUUGCGUUCUGCAGAGAUUUGGAAUAGGGGUUGGCUUUUCUAUUAUAUACAGUGCUCUGCUUACCAAAACCAAUCGGAUUUCACGAAUCUUUCACUCUGCUUCAAAGUCAGCACAGCGCCUUAAGUAUAUAAGUCCACAAUCACAGGUGGUGAUAACAGCCUCUCUGAUUGCAAUUCAGGUACUAAUCACAAUGAUUUGGAUGGUUGUUGAGCCUCCGGGAACCCGUUUUUAUUAUCCAGACCGAACGGAGGUGAUUCUUAAGUGCAAAAUACAAGACAUGUCAUUUCUAUUUUCCCAGUUGUAUAAUAUGAUUCUCAUAACAAUAUGCACAGUUUAUGCAAUUAAAACGAGAAAAAUACCUGAAAACUUUAAUGAGUCAAAGUUUAUCGGAUUUACCAUGUAUACAACAUGUAUUAUCUGGCUAGCUUUCGUACCUAUAUACUUUGGAACCGGCAAUUCAUAUGAGGUACAAACAACUACGUUGUGCAUUUCAAUUAGUCUAAGUGCAUCAGUUGCUCUUGUGUGCCUAUAUUCACCAAAGGUAUACAUCUUAGUCUUUCACCCGGACAAGAAUGUUCGUAAGCUGACCAUGAACAGCACCGUCUAUAGGCGAUCAGCAGCAGCUGGAACUCAAGUAGCGCAAACCAGCUCCGGGUAUAGUCGCACACAGGCAGCAGGCUCUACUGUGCCGACAGGAGGAGCGAUAGGUUCAUCGGCAUGUGCAAGUGCGAUUCCAACACAAAGCAGCCACAAUCUGAAUGAAGAUCCUAACCAAGCAUCCGUUGUUAACAAAACCAGCGAAAGUAAGAAUGGUGAAUUCCCUUCUGAAGAACGCGAAUGUGCUGGGCCAAUAUAUAACCGAGUAAAAGAUUAGGAUUCGGCUCGAAAAAUACCAUAACAACCGAUGCUUUUAUGAAGUUACGUUAUGGAGAUAUAUAAUAUUUAACUUUUUUUUUAACUUUAUCGGCUAAUACGAAACUUCAUUUUAUGAAUGAUUUAGAAUAUUGUCCAUACAUUGCCAUACUAAAUAAAAUUUCUAAAAAUGUCUAAGUUGUGCAUUGCUCACAUCAGUAAGUGAAGUAGUUCUAUUUGGAUAAAUUAUUAAAUUAUAUAAUAGGGAAUUAAAAUGAAGAAUAUGAGAACAUUUUUAGAAAUAACCACUAGUUAACUAGUUAACAACUAGAUUUACACAUUUUACUCAUUAAUUAGGAAGAUAAAUUAAAAACGUGUAAAAUUAUACAAGUAAAAUUAAUAAUUUCCUGUAAAUCAUUUAUCUAAAUGUGGAUGUUCAACAUCAUUACAUUACAAAAUGGUGACAGAUGGAACAGAGCCCCUACAUUGCCGUAAUCGGCUUUGUAUAUUAAAAUGAAGGAAAAUAUUCAGUUUUAAUAUUUUAAAAGAGGCAAGACGGUUGAUUUCUCAGCCAUUCAAAUGCCUUUAGGCUUAAAUGAUGUUUAUUAAUGUAUAUAUUUUGGUUUUGGACUUAGCCAUUUAGGCUUAUAGUUUAUAGAUUAAGGUGGGACAUCUUACAAUGGGUUAAAAAAAAUUGGCAACGAUUCCUGUUUAAUGAGAAAAGAGUAUUUAAGCGUAAAAUUUUGCAUUAAAGAUUUAAAUUAUGAGCACGAGGAAAGCAACAAAAUUGUCAAUCAGUCCUGUUUAAUAAGAAAAAAUACCGAAAACAUUUUAUAGAAAUGUUUAAUAAGAAAAAAUACUGAAAAUAUUUUAUAGAAAAAAAAAGUUUGGAAAGAGAGUAUUCCACUUAUCCCUAACAUAUCUGCAUUAAAAUGGCUUUUGGGAUCUAAUUUUGCAUUAAAGAUUCAAAUUAGGUUUGAUCUUAUUUAAAAUUAUAAAUAAGGAAAGUACCAAUUACGUAAAAUAAAUAUCUAUCAAAAAGAUAUCCAUAACUACAGUGUAUACGGAAAGGUCAUUAAAAUAGACAACUCCUGGUAAUACUAAUAAGAAAUAAGAAAUUUAUAGGAUAUAGGAUUUAAAUAAUAUAUAUUUCUGAACAUUAUUCUUUACUCUACAAAGGACUCAUCGGGAUCACCAAUCGACUCGCUCUCGUCAUGACCCUCGGCACUUUCGUAAGAUCGUUCGUAAUCUUCGAAAUGUAAGAGCUAGAAAGUUAUCAAUAAUGCAGAUUUUAGUGAUACUUAAGCAGCUCACUUAUUUCAAACAGACAAUUUUUCAAAAACUUUUAACAUCUGGUACCUUUUUCGAAAUUAUAUAUUGCAGUAACGGAUCUGAUUAUUUUAUAAAUAUUAUUUUUCAAUUAGUUCUAUCGCAUUUUUACAUAUAUACUAUAUACUAAAUACUUUUUUCAAGGAAAACAAUAUUUUUGACGUAGCAAACUAUAUUAUGUACAGACAUUCUGACACUUAAGAUUAAGCCAAAAUAUCAAUUACCAAAUCGUGAAUUUCCUUAAAAGUCAAAACUAGAAUAGGGCUGAUAGCUAAUAAUAUAUAAGUAUAAUAUAUGUUCAUACGUUAAUAAAGAAAAUAUAUAAAUCGCCCAAUAAAACCAAAAUGGUUUUUAUUCUUUAAAAUUUACAAGUUGACACUUAGGAAUUUAUUAGAUGAUAGGCAGCUCGUUAAAUCUAUUCAAUAAUUUUAAAUUAAAAUAGUUUUCAACACAAAAAAGGAAAAUCCGCCCCUAAAAUUUUAUAUAUUUGUUGAAAGCUAUAGUUAUAAGAGUUUUUGGUUGUUUUUUUUUAAUUAUUAUUAUUUCAUUUAAAUAGCCAAACAUUAGAUUGAUCAAUGGACCAAUUGAUUCUAUUUAAAUAUCAGACCAAUAGUUCUAAUUGGUACAUGUGCAGUUUCCAUAUACCACAGAAAUCAUACAACAUAUCGUAAAACUCACGCAUUUACUGUAAAGAAAUUGCAUUAAUAAAAUUUUAUACCACAGAAUUAAGUUUAGGUUUAUAGAAAUGACUGUGGGGCUCUAUGUUAUUUUAUAACAUCGGGUAGCGCCAGUAAAAUUUUAACUGUACUCUAAUUGCGCUUUGUGACUGCAACAUAUCAAGACAUUUAGUUUAUUAACAGGAUUAUUCAUAAGAAAACGUCUAUAUCUACAUAUAUGAUAAAACAAUCUUAAGCUGUGCUUGCAUCUCUAAAUUAUGCAAACUUCUUCCCAACUUUCUAGCUCAUAUGGUUCUUGAUUUAAAAAAAUUGUAUAUAUAUAACAUAAUAGUUCCCGAGAUAUAAUCGUUGAGGAAUAUAUAUAUAUAUAUAUUUUUCAGUCCUUAUAUUGUUACAUAGUCUUUUAGACACCUCGGACAUUUA